UAGAAGAAGAUGAGGCUGUGGGGUCUUCUCCUCUGCCUGGUGACAGCUCCCCAAGGUGUCCUGUCCGAGGUGCAGCUGCAGCAGUGGGGCCCAGGACUGCUGAAGCCCUCACAGACCCUCACCCUCCCCUGUGCUGUCUAUGGUUCCUCCAUCACCAGUGGUUACUACUGCUGGAACUGGAUCCGCCAGCCCACAGGGAAGGGACUAGAGUGGAUGGGAAACAUAUGUAAUGAUGGGACCACUUACUACAGCCCAUCGCUCAAGAGCCGCAUCUCCAUCUCCAGAGACACGUCCAAGAACCAGUUCUCCCUGCAGCUGAGCUCUGUGACCACCGAGGACACAGCUGUGUAUUACUGUGCAAGAGACACAGUGAGAGGAAUUCAGUGUUUCCUGUCCCAGAUGCAGCUGCAGAAGUCGGGCCGAGGCCUGGUGAAUCCACAGCAGACCCUCUCCCUCCCUUGUGCUGUCUCUGGAUUCUCCAUCACAACCAGUAGUUACUACUGGAGCUGGAUCCGCCAACCCCCAGGCAAGGGACAAGAGUGGAUGCAGGACAUAGAGUACGAUGGUAGCACUUACUACAGCCCAUCACUCAAGAGCUGCACCCCCAUCUCCAGAGACACAUCCAAGAACCAGUUCUCCCUGCAGCUGAGCUCUGUGACAACCGAGGACACGGCCAUGUAUUACUGUGCAAGAGACACAGGGAGGGGAAGUCAGUGUGAGCCCUGA